CAAAUUCCUCCCCAAACACAACCCCAAUUUUAUCCACCACAUCCCUACCAAAAUCACCAAAACCAACCUCCACCAUAUCCAUACACAUACCCUUAUCCUUACCCACCUCCUCCGUUUAUACACCCAUAUCAACCUCACCCAUAUGGCCAAUAUUACCAACACCCACAUAAUCAACAAGGUCAAGGGCAGUUCAUGAGACAACAACAACAACAACAAGGAAGAAGACUUCUUGAUUAUGUUGCAGGUGAAAUUGAGGAACAAGAUAGCAUUCUAUAUCCAGGUGUGGAUGCAGCAAAUUUUGAGAUCAAACCAGCACUUAUCUCAUUGGUCUCAGCCAACAAAUUUGGCGGAUCAAAGAAUGAAGAUCCGACGAGCCAUGUGAAGCAAUUCUUGAGAGUUCUCCAAACUCUUAAGCUUAAUGGAGCCUCUGUUGAUGCCAUCAGACUCAGAUUGUUUCCAUUCUCACUGAGGGAUGAAGCAUUGAGUUGGUUGAACUCUAAACCAUCCGGUUAUUUCAACACAUGGGAGAAGUUGCAUAGAGAUUUCAUGAAGGAGUUCUAUCCUCCUUCUAAGGCAUCAAAAAUGAAGAAACUGAUCCAACAAUUCAGACAACAACCAUCUGAAUCUCUUUACGAAUCAUGGAAGAGAUUCAAAGAUCUUCAAGUUCAAUAUCCACAUCAUAAUAUGAGCAUGGGUGAUCUCAUUGUCUCAUUUUAUGAAGGAUUACAUGAUAAUUCCAAAAUUGUUGUGGAUGCCUCUGCUAAUGGAGCUUUCAUGGAGCUUGAUCCUCAAACUGGAAAAGAGAUGCUUGAGAAAAUUUGCAACAACAGUGCAUCAUGGUAUUCUGAAAGAUCCACUCAAAAGCUAGGAGCGGGAAUUUAUGAGGUUGACCAAACAACAGCUUUAACAGCAAAGGUUGAUUCUCUCACAAACAUGAUCCAAAAGCUCACUGAGAAGCAAUCAUCAUCAACUUCUAGCAAAUCAACAAAUCCAUCAUCAUCUUUAGCUCAAGUUUUGUUCUGUGAACUCUGUGGAGGAGGGCAUUCUGCAAAGGAAUGCAAUCUUCUAGAACUUACACAAAACGUUCCUUCUGGCCCCACAGUAGAACAAGCCGAUGCUAUAUAUGGUAGACCUCAAGUACCAUAUCAAGGAAACUAUAAUCCUCAAGGGAAGACACAUCCAGGAUUUUCAUGGAGUAAUUCAUCAGGUGCAGCAAAUCCAUCUUUUCCAUCCAAACCAACACCUCCUGGAUUUCAAAAUCAGCAAGGAUUCAGAGGAAACCAAAACAACCAACAAUUGAGGGGAAAUCAAGGGUACCAAAAUCCUCAAGGUUAUCCACCGCAACAACAAUUGCCACCACCACAACAACAACAAUUCGUUGGAGUUAAUGAUUUCCAACAGAUGAUGCAAGGAAUUACUAAUCAAUUCUCUCAACUCACAACUCAACUCAAUCAAAUUCAAGCUCACAACAAAAUGUUAGAGAGCCAAAUUGCUAGUUUUGCUUCACCAUCAACUAGCAAAGCUCAAGGAAAGUUGCCUGCCUACUCUGAACAUCCCAAGGAGAAUGUCAAUGCAGUCACUACAAGGAGUGGAAAACAACUUUCUGAUCCACCACUUAUAGUUGAGAAAGAAAAGAUUCCUGAAAAGGAGGCUUCACCAUCAAAGGAAAAUAAUGAAGAAGAUCUUACUUCUUCUGCAAAUGAAGGUUUAAAAAAGGUAGUGCAACCAUAUGCUCCACCUUUACCAUUUCCUCACAGAGCAAAGAAGAAUACAAUUGAUGAGAGGAGGGAUAAAUUCCUUAAAUGGAUCGGUGAGUUGAACACAACAAUCCCGCUUCUUGAUGCUCUAAAACAUAUGCCUUCAUAUUCCAAAUUUCUGAAGGAAAUUCUGUCAAACAAAAAGAAGUUCGAGGAGAAAGCUACAAUAGCCAUGAGCGAGGGAUCCAGUGCUAUCAUUCAGAAGAAACUUCCUGAAAAAUUGAAGGAUCCAGGUAGCUUUACUAUACCAUGCAUAAUUGGAGGGUUCAUGGUCAACAAAGCUUUAUGCGACCUUGGGGCUAGUGUUAGCCUUAUCCCCUAUUCUAUGAGCAAGCGCCUUAGUCUUGGUAUUCCCAAGGCUACUUCAAUGACCAUUCAGCUUGCUGACCGAUCUGUUAAGCACCCUGUUGGUGUUCUUGAAGACAUUCCUGUACAGGUUGGGAAAUAUUUCAUCCCUUGUGACUUUGUCGUCCUAGACAUGGAUGAAGAUGAGCGAGUACCUGUCAUAUUGGGAAGACCUUUCUUGGCCACUGCCGGUGCCAUCAUUGAUGUUAAAAAAGGUACGUUAAUAAUUGAAGUGGGGGAUGAAAGGGUUGAAUUCAAUAUUUUCCAAAUGGCGAGAAAUCCUGCAUGUAUGGAAGAUUGUUGGAGGGUUGAUAUAGUUGAUGAAUGUGUGAGAGACUUCAUGGGAUUCUUUCACAAUGAUCCUAUGGAAGUUUAUGAUGUGGAGGAAAUUGAAAAUAAUCAUGAGGGAGAAGAGUUAGUUGAGUGUGUAAAAAACAAAGAGAGUUGUAAAAAGAAUCACGAGGGGAAGGAAGUGGUAAAACUGGUGAAAGAAGAAGUGAGGGAGGCUAACAACACAAAAGAACCACCCAAAAAUGAGUUGAAGCCUUUACCAUCACACCUAAGAUAUGCUUAUCUUGGUGAAAACUCCACUUACCCAGUGAUUAUUAGCACUAAGUUGAACGAGGAAGAAGUAGACAAACUAUUGACCCUGCUGAGAAAACACAAACGGAUCAUUGGAUACUCCAUUGAUGAUCUAAUUGGCAUCAGUGCUAACUAUUGUAUGCACAGAAUAUAUCUUGAGGAAGGUUGCAAACCAGUAGUUGAACAUCAAAGGAGGCUCAACCCUAACAUGAAGGAUGUUGUGAAGAAAGAAGUUAUCAAACUUCUUGAUGCCGGAAUCAUUUACCCUAUCUCGGACAGCAGAUGGGUAAGUCCAAUCCAUGUUGUACCAAAGAAAGGAGGUUUCACAGUUGUUCCAAAUGAGCACAAUGAGCUCAUUCCUACUCGUUUGGUCACGGGAUGGAGAAUGUGCAUCGAUUACAGGAGGCUGAACAAAGUCACAAAUAAGGAUCAUUAUCCUUUACCUUUCAUUGAUCAGUUGCUUGAAAGGAUGGCAAACCAUAGCCAUUAUUGCUUUCUAGAUGGAUUUUCAGGAUAUUUUCAAAUCAUGAUCCAUCCAGAUGAUCAAGAAAAGACUACCUUCACGUGUGCCUAUGGUACAUUUGCUUUUCGAAGAAUGUCAUUUGGCCUAUGUAAUGCACCCGGAACUUUCCAACGGUGUAUGAUGGCCAUAUUCUCUGAUCUUAUUGAAGAAAUCAUGGAGGUAUUCAUGGAUGAUUUCUCUGUUUAUGGGACCUCAUUUGGUUCGUGCUUGGAUAAUCUUGAUAAAGCACUGACUCGUUGCCAAGAGGCAAAUCUUGUUCUAAACUGGGAGAAGUGCCAUUUCAUGGUAACAGAGGGAAUUGUUCUUGGGCAUAAGAUUUCAUCCAAAGGCAUUGAGGUAGAUCCAGCAAAGAUCGAAGUGAUUGAGAAGUUACCACCACCAACAUCUGUUAAAGGCAUCCGAAGUUUUCUAGGGCACGCCGGAUUCUAUCGGCGAUUCAUCAAGGAUUUUGCUAAUAUUGCAAAACCACUCACAAGACUCCUGUCCAAAGAGGUUGAGUUUAUCUUUGACGAUGCUUGUCUUAAUUCCUUUUGCAAAAUUAAGAAAGCAUUAUGUUCUGCACCUGUCAUUCAACCACCAGAUUGGAGCAUGCCUUUCAUCCUAAUGUGCGAUGCUAGUGACUAUGCUGUAGGAGCCAUGUUGGGACAGAAACAAGGUCGGUGCAUACAUGCAAUUUAUUAUGCAAGCCAUACUCUCGAUGAUGCCCAACAAAACUAUGCCACAACAGAAAAAGAACUACUCGCUGUUGUCUUUGCAAUAGAGAAGUUCAGGUCAUAUCUUGUUGGAAGCAAAGUGAUAGUCUACACUGAUCACUCGGCUCUAAAGUACCUGUUUGCGAAGAAGGAGGCCAAGCCACGACUUAUUAGAUGGGUGUUGCUACUACAGGAGUUUGAUAUUGAGAUCCUUGACAAAAAAGGGUCUGAAAAUGUCAUUGCUGAUCACCUGUCCAGAAUUGAGCCACACACAGAAAAUGAAGCGACUAAAGUGUUACCCAUUGAUGAUUCAUUCACGGGAGAAUAUUUACUCUCAAUCAAGCACUUUUCUCCUUGGUAUGCUGAUUGGGUUAAUUACCUUGUCAGUGGUUAUAUUCCUUCUGAAUUCUCAUGGGCCCAAAAGAAAAAGUUCUUACAUGAUGCUCGCUCCUAUUUUUGGGAUGAACCACUAUUGUUCAAGAGAUGUGCUGAUGGAAUUGUUCGAAGAUGCAUCCCAGAAGAUGAAUUUGAGGCUAUCCUUUAUCAUUGUCAUUCAUCACCAUAUGGUGGUCAUUUCGGAUCCACUAGGACUUCAGCUAAAGUCCUGCAGUCAGGUUUCUAUUGGCCUACAUUGUUCAAAGAUUCUCAAAUGUAUGUGAAAAGAUGUGAUCGAUGCCAACGCACGGGAUCAAUUGGUCGUCGAAAUGAAAUGCCACAAUCUGGAAUACUUGAAGUUGAACUCUUCGAUGUAUGGGGAAUGGACUUUAUGGGCCCAUUUCCUAGCUCAUGUGGCAAUUCUUACAUUCUUGUGGCGGUGGACUAUGUCUCGAAAUGGAUUGAAGCGAUUGCUAGUCCAACCAAUGAUUCCAAGGUUGUGAUCCGGUUUGUAAAGAAAUUUAUUUUCUCAAGGUUUGGAGUUCCCAGGGCCUUCAUCACAGAUAAUGGUACACACUUUUGCAAUAAACAACUUGAGAAACUUUUGCUCAAGUAUGGUGUUAAUCACAAAGUGUCUACUCCGUACCAUGCACAAACUAGUGGCCAAGUUGAACUCUCAAAUAGGGAAAUUAAAUCAGUCCUUGAGAAAGUUGUCAAUCCCACAAGGAAAGAUUGGUCCCUCCGAUUAGAUGAUGCUUUAUGGGCUUAUCGUACUGCAUAUAAGACUCCCAUUGGGACAUCGCCGUUCAAAUUGGUGUAUGGGAAGUCUUGUCACUUACCAGUGGAGAUUGAACACAAAGCAUUUUGGGCUAUCCAAAGCCUAAACCUUGACUACACUCUGGCAGGGAAAAAGAGGCUACUACAAUUGAAUGAACUUGAAGAAUUCAGACUUGAUGCCUUUGAGAAUGCCCGACUUUACAAGGAAAGAGCAAAGAAAUGGCAUGACGGAAGAAUCCUUAGGAGAGACUUUUCUCCUGGGGAUAGUGUGCUACUAUUCAACUCAAGGCUGAAACUCUUUCCAGGAAAGCUGAAAUCAAAAUGGUCUGGACCUUUCAAAGUUAUCAAAGCCUUUCCAUCUGGGGCAAUCAUUCUGGAGGCCAAUGAUGGGAGGCAAUUCACUGUUAAUGGCCAAAGAGUUAAGCAAUACCAUGAAGGAGAUGACACAAAGGAGAAACUCACUGUUCAUCUGGAUGAUCCUCCUUACGAGUAAACCACCCAGGUAAUGUCGGGCACUCGACGUUAAAAAUAGCGCUUCUUGGGAGGCAACCCAAGCUUAUUUACUUGCAUUUGAAUGUGUGUUUUGCUUGUGUGUUUGCAUUGAAUAAUUUUAUUUUCCCACCCAUUUACUCACCCGCCCUGUAUAUAUUUGUCACAUCGAGGACGAUGUUUCGUCUUAAGUGUGGGGGGAGAAUAUGCAUGUUUGUGUGUUUGUGAACUGCCUUAUCAAUUUGUAUAACUUUCAAAUCAUGCAUUCUAUUCUUUCACAAGGUACGUGGAUUGUUGGCGGGACUUGUCUCUUAAUAAUUGGAUUGAGAAUCAUAAUUUUUGAGCGUUGAGUAAAAUUUUGGUCAAAAUUUUAAACUUUUUACAAACACAAAACCUCUCAUGCACAUAAAUGGUUAUCUAGUGAAUUGUUGUUCAAUAUGUUUAAAAUUGUGCAAAACAAGAGUGCUAUGUGCUUUUAUUUUCCUUGACAUGAUUUUCUGACUUAGCACAUUAGGAAAUGAUAUAGGCCAUUUUUCAUAAACCCAUAUACCUAGCCUUACCCAUGUGAUUAAUAUCCCUUGUUCACCCCCUUUGAGCCAUUUUUUUAAUAAGCGUUAUACGCUUAACCCUGCUUUUCUUAUUUUCUUUCAUAAAAACCUGUUAUAUGUGACCCUUAGCCUAAAAGCCAAACACUUUCCAACCACCCUAAAAUGGCUUGCAUAAAUUUUAAUGAGUUUAGAGAGUGUCAUUCACAUUUAGGGAGC